UCAGGUGCUGGUUGGACUCAUUAAUCGAAUGGAUUGGGUCGCAUUUGCUCGCGACGCGCAGUGUGGCAUCGCGAGUACAGCUUUUGGCGGUACAAAGGCGAGAGACUACUACAGUGGCUCCAGGAGCCGAAUAAAAAGGCCUCUUCGUGACAUUGUGAGAUCAAAGGCAUUCUUUUCUUCGCAUUGCUGCUUGCUAGUUCCUUCUCGAGCUCGAGAAGACCUUUCUUUCUCUGCCUUUGCAACACUCGCGAGGGGAAAGAAAUCAUGCCGAUUCUCACCAUUAGCACCAACACAAGCGUGGAUAGCAGCACCUCAUUCUACAUUCUCCAGGAGGCCACAGCCGCGGUGGCCCGAGUUCUUGGCAAGCCCGAGAGUAGCAUGAUGGUGCUUUUGAAUGAUCGAGUUCCAAUCCUCUUUGGGGGCAGCCGAGAAGCGGCGGCGUAUGGCGAGCUCGUCUCCAUCGGAGCGAUCGCACCCGACUCGAAUCGCAAAGUCAGCAAAGCUCUUGCUGGGAUCCUCGAGUCCAGGCUCUCGGUGCCGCCUUCCAGGUUCUACAUCAAGUUCUACGAUGUCAAGGGAAGCAAUGUUGGAUAUAAUGGAUCCACAUACUAAAGCAUGAGACUAGUACUAAACUUGUAGUAGUGAUAAUCCGGAAUAAAACCUUUACCUUGCCG